AUGGAUCAAUUUUCUAAAUUACCAAAGCGUGGCACCAUUCAAUCGUUCUUCAAUUCAUAUAGCACAAAUAAUCGAAAAUCGAACUCUUCAGUUACAGAUAACACGUCAGAUUCUCACUCAGACGAGAGAAUCAAAACUGUCUCGAGAUCUGUUGAUUCUGAACAACAACAGGAUCAAAUUUCUCUACAUUCACCAUCUUCAUCUUCUCGAAUUUUAUCACCCUUGCAAAAUUGCUCUACAUCAUCAAAUAAAGAAGAAAAUGUUUGUUUAUUUUCAUCAGAAUCACCUGCAUUAUUAUCACCAUCAAAUAAACGUCGACAAGAUCAAACUUCUUUAUCUUCACCUAAAUCUCCUCGACUAGUCUCACCAUCAUCAAGAUCUUCUCAGUUUGUAUCAGCAUCACCAUCAAGUAAACAACAACAACUAACUUCAUCUGCAGCAGGACCUGAUGUGCUAUUAAUAUCACCCAUCCAACGACAACAAGAACAAACUGAUUUAUCUUUAUCAAAAUGUUCUUCAUCUUUACUUUCAUCAUCAAAUAAAUCACAGUUAUAUCCUUUUGAUCUUAGUAAUUCGUUGAAUGAACCUCCUGCACAACCAAAACUUGCUACUUAUCCCUUUGAUAAAGAUAAAAGAUGUUUUCAUAGUCAAUGGUUCUUACAAUUCAGUUGGUUAGAAUAUUCAGUACAAACCGAUUUUGCUUAUUGUUAUUAUUGUAGACAUUUUAACUCUAGUGCAAGGCUUAAUACUCGAAAUCAAAGUGAUGCUUUCGUAAAUGGUUUCCAUAGUUGGAAAAAUGCAUUUAGUAAAAAACAAGGCUUUUCAAAACAUGAACUAAGUCAAUCUCAUAAACAAGCUGUAGUUAAUUUUGAAGAAUAUGUUUUACGAAAAAAAUCUUCGUCGAAUGUUAUACAAGUUCUGGAUAGAUCACGAAAUCAAGUAAUAGAACAAAAUCGGACCAAAUUGAAGAAAAUCAUUUCACUUUUACAUCUGUGUGCAAGACAAAUGAUUGCACUUCGUGGUCAUGUAGAAGAUGCAUCAUCAACCAAUAGAGGAAAUUUCAUCGAAUUGUUGAAGUGGAGCAGUAGUACUGAUCCUGUUGUUUCAUCAAUUUUAAAUGACAGUGCAAAGAAUUCAACAUAUCUUAGUCCACAAAUACAAAACGAGAUGAUUUCAUUGGUGGCUUCUAAUAUUCGUCAACAAAUAACAACAAAGAUAAAAGAAUGCAUGUUUUCAUUGAUGGUUGAUGAAUCACGAGAUAUAUCAGGCAAUGAACAACUUAGUGUAGUCGUACGUGUUAUUGAUCUCGAAGUUACAGCAAAUAAAGAUAAUCUUUAUCGUUCAACUUUAUUCAAGGAAUAUUUCCUUGGUUUCAUUAAACUUGUUGAAUUUGAUGCUCAGUCAUUAACAGAUGAAAUCGUUAAGUUUUUGUCAUCAAUAAAUGUUGAUCUGCAAAACUGUAUAGCUAUGUGUUUUGAUGGUGCAUCUGUUUUAUCGGGUAUACACAGUGGUGUUCAAGCAUUGUUACGCCAACAAUUUAUUCCACGUGCAAUAUAUGUACACUGUUACGCACAUAAAUUGAACUUAGUCAUCUGUGAUGUUACGAAAGCUAUUCCCUAUUUAUCUGAAUUCUAUUCAAUUGUGAACAAGAUCUAUACUUAUUUUCAUAAAUCUAGUGUAACAAAUGAGACUUUUAAGAAAGUUCAACAACAACUGAAGAUAGACUGUUCGAUUUUAUCCAAUAGUACUACGAUUAAAAACUGGGCUGAAACAAGAUGGGAUAGUCGUUGGACAUCAAUUCAAUCAAUCAUUGAUAAUUACAGAGUUUUAAAACAAAGUUUAGAAGAACUUGAAAAUGAAGGUUCCGAUCGUUCAAUUGAUGCACGAGGUUUAUUGUUGGGAAUAAGGGAACCGUUAUUUAUUGUGACUCUUUUCAUUAUACAACAAUUAUUUGGUAAAAUAAAAAUAUUAUCAGAUCAAUUAAAAUGUAAGAUUUCUCAUUCAACCACAUCUAAAUCACUUGAUUUUGGUAAGGCUCAUAGCCUGAUUAGUGAUAUAAUCAAUCAAAUCAAUGAAUUGCGAAGCAAAGAAGAAUUUUCAAGAUUGUUUGAACAAAUAGCUGAAUUUUGUGAUGUAAAUGAUGUUGAUUUCAAUGUUCCAGCUAAGCAUAGAAGAACAAAAACUUUGUCAACAAGAUUCAAAGAUUGUGUAGUUAUGAGUACAAUAGGACAACGAGAAAAUAUUAGUAGUGUGGAUGAAUUUAGAGAUCGUGUUUUUUAUCCAGUAAUUGAUGCUAUUCUUAUCGAAAUGAAUGACCGCUUUUCAAAUAGCAACUUAGAAAUUAUUCGUGGUAUUUCAUCUUUAUCACCUGAUAGUUCACAAUUUUUGGAAAUCGAAGAAUUAACACAUCUCUGCAAUAUGCUACAAUGUGAUGGUCAAUUAUUGAAGAAUGAAAUUCAAGUAUUAAAGCCUAUGUUGAAAGAGCCAAAAUUAAAGGAUAUUGUGGAUUUGUACUUCGAAGUUUUACCAUAUAAACAAGCAUUUCCUACAGUCAUAUCUCUUCUUGUUGGAGCAUUGACAAUUCCUGUAUCGUCAGCAACUACAGAACGAACUUUUAGUAAAAUGAAAUUUAUUAAAACUGCUGCACGUAAUAGUAUGACUGACACUAGAUUAAGUGAUUUGUCUAUAAUAGCUAUUGAAAGAGAUUUCGAUGUCGAUUAUGAACAAAUAGUUGAUACUUUUGCUAUUGAACAUAAAAACAGUCGGAUAUUGUUGAAAUAA